UAAUUAAUUGUUCUUAGUAAUAGCAAAGGUGUAAUUGUUUUAAUUUACAUCUUGAUCAAGUUGAAUUAUGAAAAUGACAUCAUUGCAAAUGUGAACAUAGGUUUCGAUUCUUUUAUAAUGGCUUCAGAAUCAAGUUGCAAAAGUUUUGUCAAUAGUUGUAGAACUUGCUUAAACGGCUCAUCUACGCAACAGUAUAAUAUUUUUGAUUAUAACAAAGAUUCCAUUAAUAUUGCUCAUAUGAUAUUGACCUGUACAGGUCUAGCGGCAAAUGCUGAGGACUGUCUUCCAAAAAUUGUAUGCAAUAGUUGUUACAAUAACCUUGUCAGUUUUUACAAUUUCUGUUUAGUUGCAAGGAGAAUUGAUUCACAUCUAAGAAGUCAAAUUAAUGUUGAUACCAAUGACAACUCAAUAUCACAAAAAGAUAUUCUGACAGAUAUUAAGAUUGAAUCAGAUGAUAACAUUGAUGCACUUAGUGAUCAAAUAACAGAAAUAAAAAUAGAAAUCGGACCCAAUCUUGAUGAAAAUAAGAAUUCUACAAUAUACAAUGAUCUACCAUACAUAAAAACCGAAGAUGCUCAACAAACUGACGUUAAAAUUAAAUUAAAAUGUGAUAUUUGUGAUAAGAAGUUCAAAAAGAUUUCCAAACUAAAUCAACAUAAAGAAAAACAUUAUUCAUUAGAUAAUUUAUAUGUAUGUGAUAUAUGUUCACAGAGUUUUAAGCACCAAAUUAAACUUAUCAACCACUUAGUUACACAUAGCCAAGAAAGUAAUAAUAGAAUAGACGAAAAUGAAAUCCAAAGAGACACUAAUGAGAUUUUUAAAUGUGAUAUUUGCUUAUCUAUAUAUAAAUCUAUGCAUUCAUUAUCCGCUCAUAUGAGAAAACAUGUAAAAAAGGGUAGAAUACUAUCUUGUAAUGUAUGUGCCAAAAAGUUUAAUAAAAUAAGCCAUUUGAAAAGACAUGAACAAUGUCAUAGUGAUAAUCGACCAUUUAAAUGUACAAUCUGUCCGAAAACAUUUGUAACAGAGGAUUGUUUAAACGAACAUAUGAAUAAACAUAAUGGUAUAAAACCACAUGCAUGUCCAUUAUGUCAUAAAUCUUUUUCACAAUUAUCAACGUUAACAAACCAUAUAAAAAUACAUAGUACGGAUAAAGUAUUUUUAUGUCCAACAUGUGGGAAAAAGUUUAACUCAAGUACUAAUCUUAAUCAACACAUGAAGAGGCAUAUUGGGCAUAAAACAUUUGCCUGUCAUUUCUGUCCUAAGCUCUUUAUAAGUAAAGGUGAAAUGAUGUCUCAUGCCAAAACUCAUACUGGUGAAAGGUCAUUUGCAUGUGAUCAAUGUAAUGGGAAAUUCACUAAACAAAGUUCUCUUGUUAAACACAAACAGCGCCAUCUAGGUUUGAAACCUCAUAAAUGUGACGUCUGUCCUAUGAAGUUUACAAGUAAAGAUCAUUUAAAACGACACUACCGUAUACAUACAGGGGAAAAACCUUACCGUUGUGAAUUUUGUAGCAGAGCAUUUACACAGAGCAAUGAUUUGGUGAAGCACAGACGAGCUCAUUUGGGUGAUAAAUUAUAUAAAUGUAAUCAAUGCAAUGAGAGUUUCCGUUUGCAAACUGAAUUACGUCAACAUUUAUCUCAACAUUAUAUAACAAGAUAUCUGGAGAAAAGAGACCAAAUGGAUGCAAAUACUGAAUCUCAUACAGAAGUACCUGUUAUUUCAAAUCAGUACACCGCUGUUAUUGAUAUGAGUCAAACACAAAAUAAUACUUGAUAUACACAGUUACUUAAGAGCUCGCAUGACUAAACUAUCGCACAACUAUUUAGUCGCGUCUGAUUCCUAUGAGCUUAUAUGAAGGUUACUCGAUUUUUAGUAGUGCAACUAAACAGUUCAAUUAGCUGCGAAAGAAUCGACAAUCGCACAAUUGUUGUGCGAUAGUUUGUCAAAGAUAUGCGCCUGCUCUAAUAGUGUUUUAACAUUAGUGGUACGAAUUUAUCCGGCUUUGUACUGGCAUCAUGUAUUUCAAAAUUAACUCAUCGGGCCAAAUAAGUUUGUUUGACUAUGAAUUGUACUUUAUGGUAUUAGGAGCAUUUUCUUGUUUACUUAACUUUUAUUUUUAUUGUAAUGGUAACAUUGACAAAGGGCAUUAUUAAAGGGGAGUGGUUUAAAGUAUGGAAAAAGGAAGGUUAGGUUGGAAAAAGGAAAAAAAAGUUUUAUGAAAUUUUAGAAUUAUGGAUAUGGUAAGUUUUAAAUCGAGUUAAGAGACUAUUGGCCGAAUACUGAAACGAUUUUGAGAUACUUCGCUUCGUGUCACUUAAAAUUUGACAGAUGUCAAAAUUUAAUAGAAUUUGCCGUUUAAGCGCGGGAUUAACUUUUAAGAUAUUGAUACAAAAUAAAAUGUCGUUUCAGUAAACGGCCGAAUGGCCGAAUUGAAAGGUUAUGGAAGUAUUAAACAGGUUAUAUGUGAUCAAUACAUUUUUCCCGCUAUUUUUUAAAGAAAAUAUGGUCAAUGUGUUUGGAAACCCACAGUAAUUAAAAGGUGCUAAAUGAGGUUCUAAAAGAUAUUUUAUAAGUUUUAAAUGAUUUGUUAGUUAUUUAGACAUGAGUGUUAGAGUUUAUAUGUGGCGGUAAAUAACCUAUUGGUUAUUCCUGGUGCCUUAUGACACCGAAAUGUACCAAUUUUCCUUAUUAGUACUAUAAGCUGAAAAAACUGCUGAAAAAUUGUGAUGAUAUUUUUUAUACUGGCUUGCAGUGUCCAUAUUUCUUGCGAAAAAAGCAAUGACAGUCUUUUCCCUUUGACGUUUUGUAAGUCAUGUCUAUGUUUCGUAGAAGCAAGGGCGGAUCCAACUAUGGUGCCAGGGGGAGUCACAUAGUGGUGGUCAAGUCAAGAGCUUGACAAAAUAUGUUAAUGUGUAACCAGCUCA